AUGGCUUUCCAACCCGCAUAUCAUGCAGAUUCGGACGCAGAUGAUGAGUAUGAACGAAGCGUUAUGGCAUCCCCUCGUAUCGAAGACUCCGAAGCGUCCCCCACGGAUUCAGAGAUUCCCUCUGCAGAACAUACACCAACAACCUUUGGGAAUACACUAGAUGAUAGGAGUUCGCCAAGAACUAUCAUCACGGAGUGGACAGCGGAGGAAUGUGCUGAUUUUGCUGCAGGCUUAGGUCUGAGCCAAUAUUGCGGUGCGUUUCUAGAAAAUGAAAUCGUUGGCGAAGCUCUUAUAGCCCUAAAACACGAAGAGCUGAAGGAGAUGGGUAUAUCGAGUGUGGGCCAUCGACUGACGAUUCUAAAGAGUGUUUAUGAGACCAAGGUCAAGCAAGGAAUAUCCUUGGACCCCGACCAUUAUAUCCCUCUCUCUGCGGAGCAGAGUAAUGGAGGUGAAACCGCGACCCAAGAUGAUAUCUCCCGUAUCAUUCAAUCUAUUAGGCUGCGAGAUGAAAGGAUCAUAGCUGCAGAAGCAGAGCUUAGAAAACUGGCAGAUGAUUACCGCAAACUGCGUGAAGAAUUGUUGCCAGUAGUGAAAUUUGCCAAAGACAGAUUGCAGCCUUUGCCUUAUCAGCCAAAUUCAACAUACACGGGCACUACUAUUAACUCAGACUUUCAUACCCAUGAACAGACACUCACAAAUCCUCAAAUUAUAGCACAACCUGAAAAACAAGGAAACAGCCUCACCAGGACGUUCUCCAAGAAGUUAUUCGCUGGAGGAUCAACGCCCAAAAACAAUUCUCCAACUUAUAUCCCUCAAUUCAUACCCGAGGGAAGAACACUUACCGAUAACUCAUUAGACCCGUCAGCCGCAGCUUUGGCAGCUUCAUCACAUCUAACAGCUUCGAUGAGUGGCGGCCAACCUUCUCCCAAGGGUAUGCCCUCUCCCACAUCCCCUGGCAGUUUCUACCCGCAGCAAACACUCGCCUCUCGCUCAUAUGCACGGGAAACGUCAAACAACUCAAACCGCGGAAUGCACGACCACCCCGAUGACCCCCAAUCCCAACAACGGCCCGACAGAUCCAUAGCAGCCACACCCUCCGCUCCACCAAACCGACCAGACCCUCCGAACUCCGCAAUAGGCAACAUCACCAGCUCACGAAAUCAAGGGGAAGCUUCCGCGCCAAGCGUGGAAAUCUUCAAAUCCUUCCGCGUAUCCAUGGAUGACCCAUGUCUACGAGUCCUGCCCGCUGCACUCAAAAAGUACAACAUCAACGAAGACUGGCGGCUGUAUGCGUUAUAUAUUGUCUUUGGCGAUCAGGAGCGGUGUCUAGGUCUGGACGAGCGACCGUUAAUUCUGUUCAAGCAGUUGGAGAAGGAAGGGCGGAAACCUAUGUUUAUGCUCAGAAAGCAGGCGCAGUUGAUCGAUGGGCAGAUGGUGAGUGCAUACCAGGGCCCGCCUGGUACAGCUGGGGCGGGCGGUAUUGGCAUUUUGCCUGGCAGUGCGGGUGUCGAUGGUGGAACUGGUGGGGGUAUGGCAAGCGUGGGGCUUGGUCGAUCAGGGCAAACACAUUCCAUACAACUACCCGGCGGCGUUCUUUAA